UUCAAAGUCCCUUCCACGAGACACUAUCAACAGAGUUUGUGCUGCUCGCUCUUUUCUUUCUAAGCCCUUCUGCUUGAUCUUGGACCGUACAGACCUCAUAGGACCCGGGGCCACAUCAUGUUUCCACGAGUGCUGCUGCUGCUGCUCCUGCUGUGUAUCUCCACAGGCUUGACCGCCACACUUAUCCAGGCCUCUGCUGAUCCAGCUGCAGACGAUUCUCCAGCUGACGGCUCUGUUUUACCUGAAGCUCAGGCUGGUGAAACCCCAGAUGACAUUUUGAUGGCAGAUGCCCCCGCUGAGGGAAAACCUGCAGAGACCCAGAGCUCCACGCAAGAAUCUGAAGAUGAUUCCGACUGGGGCUUCGGUUCUAUCAGAGGGGGUUUCCAGGCAGUGAAUGGCUAUUUUGACUCUAUACUAGAGCUGAUGGGGGGGCGGGACGGCGUAUGUCAGUACCGCUGUAGAUAUGGUAAAGCUCCUCAGCCUCGGGCUGGAUAUCAAAUGCCAGAGCCUGACGGUUGUAGCACCUCACUGCUUGGCUUCCAGGUACCGAGCAGUUUUGAUAUGGGUGUUCCAGCCAUGACCAAAUGUUGUAAUCAGCUAGACAUUUGCUAUGAAACCUGUGGCUCUAACAAGUACCGCUGUGACACCAAAUUCCGCUGGUGCCUCCAUAGCAUCUGUGGUGACCUGAAGAAGAGUCUGGGCUUCAUAUCAAAAGUUGAAGCCUGUGAGACCUUUGCGGACACCAUGUAUAACACCGUGUGGACUUUGGGCUGCAGGCCCUUCAUGAACGGCCAGAGGGCAUCCUGCUAUUGUGAAGGAGAAGAGAAGGAUGAGCUGUAAAGACCUACAAACCACCUUCAACACAUAUAAACACUUUACAAGUUCCUCCACAACAGGGGUCAGUAUUAGGAUGAAUCUCAUUAAGACACCCUGGUCACGAUUCACAACAUCAAUGAAAAUAAGGCAGAUUUACUGCAAUGCACAACAGUGGUGGUUGUUUUUUGGAUUCUCAUUAGUUUAAUAUAGUCAUUUUAUUUAUCAUCAUCAUUAUUAUUAUUAUUAUUAUUAUUAUUAUUAUUAUUAUAGGAUUAGGGUAAGGCAUACAUUAAAUGUAUAUGACAUACUACUGCAAUGUAUAAAUAAUUAUCAUAAUAUAAUUCACUAAUUUACAUAACAUUUUUAUUGUACAGUUAUUAUUUGCAUAGCAUUACUAAUCUUCAUAAAAAUGUCACAAAGCAAGCAAACAAUCAAACAAACAAAUCUCCUGGUCCUAAAAACUGACAUAUUUUAUAUUUUCCCCCAUAUUUGGUGGGUAUUACCUUCACAUUUUCUUGACACGCUUUGUGAGAUUCACCCUAUAACCCUUGAACUGAUGCUAGUGGAUUAGUUUUAGUUCAGCAGAAACUGAAAAAGUGUUAUGUUGUAUGUGUGAAAGUGUCUAUCCCACAGAUUUGCUGUUUUUUUGUUGUAUGUAGGUUUGUUGUAUGGGAAGACAAUAUCCAUAAAACAUAUAGUUUGUGACAACUACAUGUGUACAAUUUGAUAAACAAUAUUAAUUGGCUUUAAAAGAAAGAAAGAAAGAAAGAAAGAAAGAAAGAAAUUCCUACAAUAUCUGACAGUGUGUUGGUAUAGAGCUACUAGUUAAUUUAUUAUUAAGGAACUUUGUUCUAAACUAAAGUUGUUUUGUUUAGAAAAAAAAAAAAAAAGAAAUGCUGAAGGGUAGUGAUAUUUAUGCAAAUAAUAUUUGUAUGUCUGAAUAUCAUGUUCUGAAAACUCAAAUGUUCACCUAAGCCAAGUAGUUUUAUUUGUUUUUGUUUUGUUUUUAAAUGUAAUUAAAUGCAGAAUGGGUGUUAAACAGUAACAUGCAUGAGUGUGUAUUGCAGUGAGAGAGACAAUAUGACUACAGAGUACAGACUGUGACAAAAGUAAUUUUAUUGGCUGUAAAAUCAUUUUAUUUUCCCCAGUAAACUGUGCUGAGCUUAUAUGCAAAUGAGCAUUAAAAACUGUUUAACGCCA